AUGGGAUAUCAAAAAGUAGUUUUAGUUGCAGCAUGUAAUAUUUUAAAUGAAAAUAUUUCCAAAAAUGAUAAUGUUUUAAAUCAAAAUAAUAAUAUUAAUAAUAUUAAUAAUAAUAAUUAUAAUAGUAAUGAUGACAACGAAAAAAUAAUUGGAAAUAACAAUAUUUCCACAAAUAAUAGUAAUUUAAUAUUAUUUAAUCAAAAUAAUAAUAAUAAUAAUAAUUGCCAUGAAGAAAGAUUAGAAUGUCAAGUGCCUUUUGAAUAUAUAGAUGUGUAUGGUAACGCAGAUUUUUCAUUUUUAAAAUAUACAAAGAGGUCAGAAUUUAGGAAAUAUCUUAAAAAAGCAUAUAAUAUAGAAAGUUUAUUUGACAAAAGUUUUCGUUUCAAUAGUAUAACUUCAUUUCCAACUAUAAAAUAUUACUACUCACUUAUUGAAGAUGAUGAAAAUAUAAAGAAAAAAAUAAAAGAAGAUUCUUAUUUAUUAUUAGUUUAG